GUUUCUAGCUAUUGAAGGUUUCCACUGUGAGAGAAGUUCUACGGGAAAAUGACUGAAAAGCUUCCACCGUCACUGUCUGCAAAAUUUAAAGAUUCAUUUGCAUAUGAGACAAUCAAGGAUAGACUGCCUGUGAUAUUAGCAAAGACAGUGGAUGCUGUUCAUAGGCUGAAGAAUGAUAUAAAAGAGCAACAUGGAGAGGCUGGAAUGGAAGAUUUGAAAUCUAUAAAUGGGAAACUGUCUAAACUAAGAAAUGAAGUUCAGACUGACAAAGCAAUAAUCCCAAUUCAUGAUGGCAGGCUUAACUUUGAGGUCUGGAAUGCUUAUCUGGAGAAAAUAACUUGUGAUAAUGAUGGCCGUACACCAAGUUGGUUCCAAGAUGCUUGGCUCUAUGUAGAAUGCUACAUGUAUAGGAGAAUUCAGGAAGCAGUUGAAGAAUGCAAAGUCUUGAAGACACUGGACCCUUUUCAAGGGCAGAAGGACCAGGCCUUAUUGUCAUCAGCAGAUGCUGUGUCCAUUUUGAUGGAAUUUUUGGAAGGAAUUCUCGGAAAUCUGCCAAGCAUGGAUGACUCAAAGUUUAGACCACUCUUUGACCAAUUUUUUGAGCUGGACUUGUGGGGCAACAAAUGUGACCUGUCCAUUUCUGCAGGCCAUGAUAAUUUCCAGACUGAAAGCCCUAUCGCCAUGUUGGAUGUCUUCCGUUCUUUUUUACUUGUUGACAACUUGAACCAGAUGUGGGAUGACCUUCACAAGCUAAAUAAACGUAAAGAUGGCUCAGUGAGGCUGGAUAUAGUUCUAGACAAUGCAGGGUUUGAAUUGAUUUCUGACAUGUGCCUAGCUGAAUUUCUGUUAACAUCAAAGAUGGUUAGUGAGGUGCAUUUCCAUCCAAAACGCUUCCCAUGGUUUGUGUCUGACACCACUAAAAAGGAUUUCAUAUGGACUCUGGAGACGUGUCGGACAUCGGACAACAAGGCCAUGGCUGACUUUGGUCAAAUGUGGGAGGAGAGGCUGGUUGACGGCUCAUGGAUCAUCAAGGAGCAUGACUUUUGGACCCUGCCCCAUGAUUACCAUGACAUGGAGACCAUUGCUCCAGACCUCUAUGCCGACCUCAGCAAAUCAGACUUGAUACUCUUCAAGGGAGAUUUGAACUACAGGAAGCUGGUUGGAGACAGGAACUGGCCACACACUACCCCUUUUGAUGUCGCCCUCAGAGGUUUCCGACCAUCAGCCUUGUGUGCUCUUCGUACUCUUAAAGCAGAUGUUGUUGUUGGACUUUUGGAGGGGCAGGACAGAGUGGCAUGCAAGCACACUGCCAGGUGGAUGGUUACUGGAGAAUUUGCUGUAAUUCAGUACUGUGAAAAGAAAUCACAGUAGUUUGUGCCAUAUUCAAGUCUGUGGGUAAUGUAUGAACAGGCAGCAUUGGACUUGAAUAAAGUAUAAGACCUUCAUUUUUAUCAGGGUAAAUCAAAUUCUAUGCCAUCAAUGUGAUAUUUUGAUAACUUGAUAGAUUAGAAUUAGACUAAUGUAAUGAAACAAAUACAUGACCAUUAAAAGUUGGUUUUGAAUUCUUGGGCAUGAAGAUAAAUAUAUCAUGGGGAUGUGGUUACAUAUGAUGCGUGCUAUGCUUAAAACUUAAUUAAUGCACAAAUAUCAAAAGUUCUUUUGAACAGAAACCUAUCUGCUAUGUGUGUCUUCCUUUCACAAAUAGUGUUGAAUGUCUAUCAACAGCAUUGAACUACAGUUCUGUAUCCAAAAAACAGUAUUCCUAUUUAAUCUGUGAUGAAUUAUUUGGUUGUGUGCUGGUCUUUUGUUAACAAAUAUGUGUUACACAUUUAUCUUAAUAAUUAGGGUUAGAACCAUUUUCAAGAAAGCUUCCAGAGCAAUUUUUGAGAAUAAUAAAAGUUACUUGUCUUAUUAACUAGCAAAAAUGACAGAUAAUCAGUUGGUUGAAUGUCCAAAGAUGAAAAACUUUAGUACAAAAGGUAUAUAAUUAUACUUAUGUGAGAAAAUGCAUUCUUUUCCCAAUGUCAUUCAAUGUGCAGUCGAUCUCUAAUAUUCUUUCAUGUAAGGUCAAUGCUGUGAUGAAACAUAUAUUAUGGUAUGAUAUAUAUUGUAGCUUAUGUUAAGAUAAUUCUGCAUGACAAAUGUACAGUUUCAUUAAGCACCUCAUCUUAAUGGUUAAAAUGUUUAUUUCAAUUUAAUUUAAUUUAAGACUCUGCAUAUUAGAAUUGGCUUUGUAUUAAAGUUGUUACAACUGUGGUUCUUAAAUAAUAACUGAAAUCAACUAU